UUAAUGGCCUUGGGUAUGACAGAUCUCUUCAGCCCUUUGGCCAAUCUGUCUGGCAUCUCUUCAGCAGAGAGUCUGAAGAUAUCUGAGGCCAUCCAUGAGGUGUCCAUGGAAGUCAAUGAAGAGGGCACCGAGAUUUCAGGCUCAGCAGAUCUGAUAGAAGACAUUGAUAAUUCCUCUGAGUUUGAAGAGUUUAGG